GCUGAAGGGGAAGAGCACCUUCCGCCUCUCCAUGCGCUUCAUCGACCCUGAAAUGGAGACUCGCUACUCAGUGGAGAAGGAGAAGCAGAGCGGGGCCGCCUUCAGCUGCUCCUGCGUUGUCCUCUUCUUCACCGCCUUGGUGGUUUUUUGCAGGGAGGUGGUGGGGAUGAGUAACCCCAAGUUAGUGGCCAACUACGUGACCUUCGUGGUGGGGGAGAUCCUGCUGCUUAUCCUCACCCUCUGCUCGUUGGCUGCCAUCUUCCCCCGGGUCUUCCCCAAAAAGCUCGUGGCCUUCUCCACCUGGAUCGACAGGACCCGCUGGGCGCGCAACACCUGGGCCAUGGCCGCCAUCGUCAUCGUCACCAUGGCUGACAUUGUGGGCAUGCUCAGCUGCUGGCAGGAUCAUGGCGGAACAGGCAACGGGACAGUGGGGCCACCGCAGCCGGGCGGCUGUGCGGAGCAGCCCAAGUACUACAGCUACAUCGCCCUGCUGGCCUUGGUGGCCACCAUCAUGCUGGUGCAGGUCAGCCACAUGGUCAAGCUGACCCUCAUGGUGCUGAUCACCGGGGCUACUGGCGCCGUCAACAUCUACGCCUGGGAGCACAUCUUUGACCAGUACGACCGCCGUCGCGGUCAGCAAAGCACGUCCUCGCUGGUCCCCUCCAAGUACUCCAUGACGGCGAUGAUCUUCAUUGUGAUGCUCAGCUUCUACUACUUCUCUCGCCACGUGGAAAAGCUGGCCAGGACCCUCUUCCUCUGGAAGAUCGACGUCCAUGACCAGAAGGAGCGGGUCUAUGAGAUGCGGCGCUGGAACGAGGCCCUCGUCACCAACAUGCUGCCCGAGCACGUGGCCCGGCACUUCCUGGGCUCCAAGAAGCGGGAUGAGGAGCUGUACAGCCAGUCCUACGAUGAGAUCGGAGUCAUGUUCGCCUCCCUCCCCAACUUCGCCGACUUCUACACAGAGGAGAGCAUCAACAACGGGGGCAUCGAGUGCCUGCGGUUCCUCAACGAGAUCAUCUCCGACUUUGACGCGCUCCUGGACGAACCCCAGUUCCGGUGCAUCACCAAAAUCAAAACCAUCGGCAGCACCUACAUGGCCGCUUCUGGAGUGACCCCUGAUGCCAAUGCCAAUGGCUACAGCACCAAGGUGAGGAAGGAGACCCUCUCGGAUAAGGAGCGCUGGCAGCACUUGGCCGACCUGGCUGACUUUGCCUUAGCCAUGAAGGUGACGCUGAUGAACAUCAACUACCAGUCCUUCAACAACUUCAUGCUCCGCAUAG